AUGGUGGCAUUUUACACAUUGACAAAAGGUGAACAUCCCUUUGGAGAAGAACCUGACCGACUUCGCAACUUACUUGAUGGUAACGCAGUCUAUUUGGUUAAGUUGAAAGAUACUGCCGCAAAAAAUUUAAUAUCCUGGAUGCUGAGCCACGAUCCCAAAGAUAGACCGUCCGCUGAAGAAGCGCUAAAACACCCUUACCUUCAGUCACAGAAACAGCAGUUCGAAAUGUUGUGCAAAAUAGGAAACCAGCCUGAGAUCAAGACACGGGAUGCCAAAUUAGAUGUCGUGCGAACGUUGAACAGCGAUCCCAAAGAUUGGAGAUCUCAGAUGGAUGCCCAUGUUCUGAAGUAUUUAAGCACUGAUUAUUUGAAGGGGAAAACAUUUCGUUAUACGCCAUUGUGGACGGACUGUUUACGACUUAUCCGAAAUGUCAAGGAAUACUGGAAUGACCGUCCAAGGCCGCGACCAGAAGUAUUUUAUGUAGUGGGCGAUCCCCAAGAGUACUUCCUUAAUCUCUUCCCCAAUCUUCCUGUCGUGGUGCACACAAUUGUGAGGUCAUGUGAUUGGAAAGAACGAUCUGACCUUGAGCAGUACUUCAAAUAG